AUGCACGCUCCGCCCGGGCCGCCUUGGCCAAGGCCUCGAGAACCCGGCGCUGGACCCGCAUCGGACACUGUUCAGUCCAAUGAACCGGCAGGAACUAUGGGUGUGCAGCGGGGUGUUCAGAGUCCGACACCUGGUAUGGUACAGGGAGCCCACUACGCGCCAGCGGAGUCUUUCUCGGCAGGGCGUGCUGCGGCGCCAGCUCCCAAUGCGCAGCUAACUGGCCGCCUUCGUCCGGUGUUGGGAGAGCGUAGUCAAGUACUGCAAGCUGCAGUGCAAGGCGCGCAGAGCGCUCUGGGGACCUCGCGACAUCCUGCCGGCGGAGACUGGGGUCCGCAGCCCGCCGUCCCCCGCGGAGCAGGUGUCCCUGGCGGCCAGCAUCCCGGUGCGGCCGUCAUCCAAAGCUCGCUGCCGCAGGCGCAAUCGAUGAGGUGGCCAGUCGCAGGGAAUCCUGGACACCCUGGGGCGUUUCCGCAAGCAGCAAAUGCGCAAGCCAUGGGAUCCAACUCGUAUCAAGUGCGAUCACGAAGCGGUGUAGCUGGAACCGUCCACGGCUGGAUGACAACUGGCGCAGACGCGAGUGCUUUUUCAUCUGUCCCAAGUCAAAGAGACCCAUGGACCGCAAACGGCGGACAACAACCGCUUACGUCACCAGGUCAAUCUACAAGUCCACCGUCGGGUGCCUCCAAGCUCAGCCCGAGCGAUGUUCCACGACCCGCCGGUAUCGACCGAGACUACAUCGAUCGCUCUCGCCCCGUGCUCGUAUGCAGACACGAAUACGGUCGAGGAACGCAAGCGGAGACGCCUUCGUUAUCGCCAUCAUUUCGUGAAGCCGUCGACACCUUCCAGAUUGAUCGAGGCAACGCACGACCACGCUAUGUGCGUUGGACUGUAGGGAGCGUGCCGCGCACUCCGGACUUGGCCCGCUCCAGCGGUAUUCCGCUCGCAGUCUACGUCGCGCCUUUUGCCGACGCUACAGACGAAAAACCCCCACCAGUCAUCGAUACAAGACCGCAUGGACCGGUGCGAUGCUCUCGCUGCCAGGCGUAUCUCAACGUCGGGAUUCGGUAUGUAGACAGCGGCCGUUCUUUUAUCUGUAACCUAUGUCAUCAUCUGAACGCUGUCGACGUCGAUCGUUUCGUACCACUUGAUCCUGUCACUCAGUUGCCUGUCGACUUUGCCAAUCGAUUAGAACUGAGUCACGGCUCCGUCGAGUACAUCGUCCCGGAGGAGGUCUAUGGUCAUCAGGGACGGACCAGUGAACCAGUUUUCGUCUUGGUCGCGGACGCACCAAGCCUCGGUUCCCUGCUGCCCUACGCAGCCUUCCGCGAGCUGCUCGCGGAGAGUCUGGCGCUCCACCGAGCACGACUAGCACUUAUUGUCACGAGCGCUGGCUGCUUGCACCUGUUUCCGAUCCAGCCUUCUGGAUCUGUCCAGGAAAUCAUCCUUCCGGACAUACAGGAACCAUUCUUGCCGGUGCCUCCGACGCAACUUUUGCAGUCACCGGACCUUGAGUACUGGCCAGCCAUCGCUGAAUAUAUCCAGCGCACGGACUGGUACACAACUGCUGAGUCGGAGAGCCCCGGUUCACAUAUCUUUGCCGGUGUGCUUGCUGCAGCGGAGCUGCUCGAGGACCCGUCGAUCGGCGGCGGUAAAAUCCUCGCCAUCUCCAGUGGGUUAUCCCUAGGCCCGCAUCGUGCAGGCUUGGCCCUUCGGAAUCGGUGGCUGGAGCUCGACACUCGCAGCAGCCACCAAAAAUGGAAAUCCAGCAUGGACCGAGAGCGCUGGCUGUUACAACCUGCGAACGACGCUUUUGCGGCAUUAGGCAAGCGUCUCGCAGAUGCCCAAAUCACACUGGAUCUCUUCCUCCACCCGGGCAUGUUCCCGGGUACAGCGACUCCUCGUCCGCUCCCGUAUUUCGAUCUCGCUACACUACGAACGCUCACCGAGCACUGCGGAGGCAAGCUCUUCUAUUACCAACAGGGCCGCGAUGUAGCAGGCCUCCAGCGUGAUCUGAUCCAUGCCAUUCGCGCCGUGCGUGCCCUGGAGGCAGUCCUGCGGGUACGCUGCUCGCCGGGCAUCACCACGGGCGAGCAUCUGGGAAGUUUCCGGCCACCAGGUACCGACAGACCCGAUAUCUACAUACCGGUCAUGAGCACGAGCACCAACCUGUAUGUUGCCAUCCGUCACGAUCUCUCCGAGGGUAUCGUUACGCAUCCGCUUCUGCAUCAGCGUUCUGGCACUGGCGAUGACGCUGAGGCGAGCGCUGCGGAAGCGCAUGCAUCGACUGCGGCAGACAGCGCCGUAUCGCCAUGCGUGUGCGUGCAGGUGGCGGUGCUGUUCACGCAUCCCGGUGAUCGGACACGUCGCGUGCGUGUGCAUACGCUCGCCGCUCCGUGCACCACGCUGCUGGGGCAGCUUUUUCGAACGCUGGAUGUGACGUGUCUGAUGGGGUGGCUCGCACGCAGUGCUGCCGCUCGCGUUCAGGCUGGUGGAUUGCUACCGAAGCUGCGUGAUCACCUCACGGAACAACUUGUGGAUAUGCUUUUUGUGUAUCGCCGGUAUUGUGCAUCACGAUCGAGUCCUGGGCAGCUGAUAUUACCAGAAGCUCUGAAACUGGGACCUAUUUACACACUGGGCCUGCUGAAGAGUGCAGCAUUUCGCGCGGAGCAGGUUGCUCCUGAUGAGCGUGCAUAUCGCUUGCAUCAGUUCAUGGCGAGUUCGCUUUUGUCGAUGCAGGCUGCCAUGCACCCGCUGAUGUUCGAUGCCCUGAACAGCACCGUCCUGGAUCCAAUGGUCGGCACUCCGAUACCUGGUACCGGGGUGGUGUCGCGGGAAGCGACUGGCGUGCCGAGUCCUUCGCUGGUGUCGUGGAACUCGCCCGCAGGCCCCAGAGCGAUAGCCGCUCCGCCAAGUGCUGCAACCAGCGAGACCGACGCUCAGCUCGCAGCGGCUCCCGACGGAGCAGCAAAGCUCCCGCCUCUGCAAGCGCUCACGAGUGAACGUCUCGGGCCAGACAGCGCGUGGCUGCUGCUCGAUGGUUGGCAUUGCUUGCUCUGGAUUGGUGAAUUCGUGAACCCCGACCAGCAACAGUCCGUGCCGGGUGUGUACGCGGGCCUUGCCGGUCUGCCGGUGCCAGUUAUGGAACGACUCUAUGCUCUGUUUCCCGGUCUGUUGUCACCGGAUAUGGUCAGUCAGCGUUCGCCAGCUGAGCAGACUUUUAUGCAACUGCUUAUUGAGGACCGCAUGAGCUACGCACCAAGCUAUAUCGAGUACUUGGUGACGUUGCACAAGCUCGUUCAACGGAAACUCGCCUCAAACGAAGCCGAGAAACAGCAUCGAAUGCUGGGAGAAUGGGAGUGGGCGCACACCUACUAG